AUGGACGAAUACGAGUUCAUCAGCAAUAUUAUUGCCCUCGACGUUGAGGACGACCCCGCAUGCGAUGCACCGCUCGACAUGGAGCACCCAGGCUGUGCGACCCAGCACGCCUGUGAUGUGCAGCAUCUCUUUGCUCUCUUCUUCCACGUCCAUCGGUAA